AUGCCGAUCGAUGGUAUGGGUGAAAGUUACUAUUCGAUAAUUGCACCCGGUGUUAUAAAAUCCAAUCGAAAAUAUACGGUAAUGGUGUCGCUGCACGAUUCUUUGGAACCGGCAAAAUUUAACAUCCGUAUAGAGGGACCCUACUACCAUAUGAGCAAUGAUGCCUAUUUGCAGCCGCAUGAAAGCAAGUUAAUUGUUUUUAUACCUCAAAAACUGGUUCAAGGUCCACAUAAACUAGUCGUCGAAGGGAUUCAAGAACCGAUACGGGUUGAGGUGAUGGAUGGUGCCAAAAAUCGUAUCAAACAAUUCAAGGAUAUAAAACUCGUAAAGGGCCUCUACACCAGCAAAUUUCAACUAUCCGAAUAUCCGGUUCUAGGUGAUUGGUAUAUACGGGUAUUUAUCAGCGGCAAAUACGAUUACAGUGAACAGAAGCGUAUACGUGUCCUGAAAUAUGUCCUCCCCAAGUUUAGUGUCUACAUUAAAACCCAAUUAUUUUUAACUCGCGAUAUGGAUCGCAUUAAGGCCUUAAUAUAUGGCCGAUACACCUUCGAUAAAUAUGUGGAGGGUAAUGUAACGGCUCGACUAAUCGACAAUGUUCGCAAUAAAAUUCUACAGGAAAAACAGGUUGUGGUUAAGGAUACGGUCGGUGUUGAAUUCGAUCUCAGCGAUCCGGAUUUAUUGAAGCUGUAUGGCUUUAAGCUACAGGUUGAAUUAUCGGAAAAACAUACGGGUAUGACAAAGAGUGAAGAGGUUUUUAUGUCACUGCAUGAUGUGCCAUAUAAUAUUUAUGUCUCGAGCGAUUCUAUACAAUUCGAAAAAGGACGACCCUAUCGUUUGACAGCCACUGUGAAUUAUUGGAGUGGUGCACCGGUUUUGGAUAAGUCAAUGCCGGUCGUAAUGCAGCAUGGCGAUAAGGAAUACAGUGCCUAUUUAAAUUCGAAGGGAGAGGCCAUAUUUGAUUUCGAUCAUGAUGAGAAUUCCGAUCAUUUAUUCCGCUUUGGGAAUGCCACCUUUAAAUUGUCCAAUAUUUUUGCCGAUGAUUCGUUUGGCAAUAAGACGGAAUCGUAUUUUACAUUGGGGCUGAAGGAUGAGAGCCUUCCUCGCCUGGGUAAACCCGUGGAACUUGUGGUAACAUCCACUGUGGAAAUACCCUAUCUGGUUUACACAAUUAUGGGUCACUCGAAUAUCAUCCAUGCUGAUCGCAUUACAGUGCCUGGCCGCCAAAAAUCCCAUACCAUAGAAAUAAUACCAUCCAUCGAAAUGGUACCCUAUGCCUAUGUGUAUGUUCAUUAUAUUCAGGACGGGAUUUUGCGUUAUGAGGAAAUUGAGCUGGAAUUUCCAUUGGAUUUCGAAAAUCAAGUUACCGUCGAUGCUCCCAAACAAGUACAUCCGGGUCAAGAAGUCACUCUCGAAUUGAAGGCACAACCAAAGUCGUUGGUUGGAAUAUUGGCUGUUGAUUUGGGUGUAUAUCUCUUGGAUCCCUCGUACGAUCUCAAACGUAUGGACAUCUUGCGUUCAUUAAUGAAUGAUGUCUCAUCGUUGCCAUUUCGGGCUUUGGUCUAUCCGGGCCUAUUAUCUGGGGUUAUUACCUUUACCAAUGCUCAUUAUGCAUUUGUUCCACUGCAUGCCCAUACUGCGGUCAGUCCCGCUGGGGUCAAUCCUCUUAAAUUCCGUCAAAAGUUUCCGGAAACAUGGAUUUUUCAGAAUUAUGAAAUCUCUGACAAUAUAACCGAGAUAAAAUUGGAGAUACCCGAAACAAUUACCACCUGGCGGAUCACCGCAUUUUCGCUAAACGAAAAAACCGGUCUUGGCAUAGUUAAAGGACCCACCGAUAUAACCACAAUACAACCGUUUUUCAUUAGCCUCAAUUUACCCUAUUCCGUGAAACGGGGUGAAAUUGUGGCCAUACCAGUCCUCGUACACAACUACCUCGAACAAGAAGUUGAAUCGGAAAUUACUCUCUACAAUGAGGCUGGAGAAUUUUAUUUUAUGGAUACAAUCAUCUUCAAUCCCAAACGAGGUUCGGAAGACAAGAAACGGGCAAAGAGGCUUAAGGUUCCUGCAAAUAGUGUUGGCAGUGUGGCCUUCCUUAUCAACCCCAAACAAGUUGGAGAGGUGAGUUUGCGAGUGGCUGCCACAAAUUCUCUAGCCGAAGAUGGUGUAAUACAAAAACUUCGUGUGGAACCGGAGGGAAUGAUUAAGCGGCACACAAAGCCUUUAUAUAUCAGUGCCUCGCCUGGAGAGAAGACAAAGGCCACUUUCCACAUAAAUAUCCCCCGUGAUGUUGUACCACAAUCGGAGUUCAUUACUCUCUCGGUGAGUGGCAAUAAUAUGGCUCCAACGCUCAAGAACCUCAAUGGGUUGGUUUUAAUGCCCACCGGUUGUGGCGAACAAAAUAUGGUAAAUUUUGCACCGAAUGUUUUGGUUCUACAGUAUUUGAGGGCGACGGGAAGAUAUUUUAAGGAAAAGGAGCUGGUGGCAAAGGCCAGAAAUUUCAUUGAAGUAGGUUAUCAGCAACAGCUGUCAUAUCGCCAUUCGAAUGGAGGCUAUAGUGUAUUUGGUCAGGCGAAUGAUGAGGAGCCAAGUACAUGGCUCACCGCAUAUGUGGUGAGAUUUUUUAUCAAGGCUACGAGAUAUUUACCCAUGAUGGAGGCUCAUAUUAUCGAUUCGGGUCUAACAUAUUUGGCCAGUACCCAGCGUAGUGAUGGUAGUUUCCCCUAUACCGGUUAUCUUUUCAAUCCGGCUCAACAGAAUCGUUUUGGUGGUGCGGCAUUUAUUUUGAUGACAUUCUUGGAGGAUAAGGGUAAUACGGAUAUUUAUGCCCUUUCCAUAAUCGCCGUGGCCAUGCAAAUGGCUCAACAUGCCAAUGCCACAAAAAUCCUCGAUAAACUUGAAGAACAAAAGCAAAGAUCCGAUGGUCGCAUAUGGUGGUCACAAAAUGAUCAUGAUCAUGCCAAAGAUGUUGAGAUCACUGCCUAUGUCCUGAUGGCCCUUUUGCUGGAAAAGCAGACCCGAAAUAUUCGAGAAGAGCAAGAAAUUUUCAAAUGGCUGGCGGAACAACGUAAUGAACGUGGUGGCUUUAAAUCGACACAUGAUACCGUUGUGGGUCUGCAAGCAUUGGCGGCCUAUUCGGAGAAAUAUAAUACCUUAGACUCGUUAAAUUUACGAGUAAAAUAUUUUGCAACUAAUUUCCGCAAACAAAAAUUGAAAUCCGGCGAACUGCAGGUGGAUGGAAAUAAUGUGAUGAUUUUACAGAUGGAAGAGUUCCCCAAAUACACCCGCUGCAUAGACGUAGAAGCCUCCGGUUCGGGUAAUGCCUUGCUGCAGUUGUAUUAUCAUUACCACAUCAGUUCCGAAGAUGAUUUCCAACAUUUCCGCAUUAAUCCCAAGGCGAAAUUGGUAAAUCCGGAAGAAUUGAAUUUGGAAAUUUGUUUCAGUUAUCGUCAGGAUGCUAACUCCGUUGCAGGUGGCAAUUCGACCGGCACAAAUAUGAUAAUUAUGGAGACUAAUUUACCCUCCGGUUUUACAACCAAUGAAGACUACGGUAAUGAAUUGCUGGAUAAUGAGCUGGUCGAUCGUAUAGAAUUGCGAAAUUCCGACACCACUUUGGUUAUGUAUUUUGAAAAGCUAUCAGCAAAUAUUGAUAAUUGUUUUACGAUCAUGGCUGAUAAGCUUAACGAUGUCCUACAGCGUAAACCGGCAUCGGUGGCUGUGUAUGAUUAUUACAAUAUCAGUCGUCAUGAUACGGCAUUCUAUAGUAUUUGA